UUUUAUUUUUCAUAAAGUUUUAUAGUAUAGUAACCAUGGAUGCUGCUGCAAGAGCUGCUCCUUUACACAUAGCAAUAUUUCCAUGGUUUGCUAUGGGACACCUCACUCCUAAUCUUCACCUCUCCAACAAGCUAGCAGAGAGAGGCCACAAAAUCUCCUUCAUAGUCCCACAUAGAACACAAACCAAACUACACCACCUCAAUCUGCACCCUCAUCUCAUCACCUUUGUCCCCAUCAAACUUUCCCAUGUUCAUGGCCUUCCUCACCAUGCCGAAACCACUUCAGACGUCCCCUUCUCUUUAGCCCCACUCAUCGCCACCGCCAUGGAUCGCACACAGAACCACAUCGAACUUCUCCUCAGGAAUCUCAACCCACAGAUUGUUUUCUUCGAUUUCCAACACUGGCUACCCAGCCUCCUUCGGAGGCUAGGCAUCAAGAGUCUCAUGUACCUCAUACUUCAUCCAUUAUCAUCAGCAUACCUCGGAGACGGACCCAGAAGAAGCCAAGGAAGAGAGUUAUCUGAACUUGAUCUAAUGGAACCUCCUCUGGGCUUCCCUGAUUCAUGCAUCAAGUUUCAGCCUCAUGAAGUUCGCUUCCUCGUUGCAGAAAGGAAACUCGAGUUUGGAAGCGGUGUUCUUCUGUACGAUCGGUUAUACAACAGUUUCUGCUCCGCCGAUGCACUUGGAUUCAAAGGUUGCAGAGAAAUCGAUGGGCCAUAUGCGGAUUAUCUUGAAACUGUGUUUGAGAAGCCUGUUUUGCUUUCGGGGCCUCUCUUACCCGAGCCACCAAACACUACCUUGGACGAAAAAUGGGUUGCAUGGCUUGGGCAAUUCAACCCUGGCUCUGUUGUUUUCUGCACAUACGGAAGCGAAAGCGCGUUACCACAGAAUCAGUUUCAAGAGUUGUUGCUUGGUCUUGAACUAACAGGUUUUCCAUUUCUUGCAGCAUUUAAGCCCUUUGAUGGAUUUGAGUGUAGUGAAGAAGCUCUCCCAGAAGGGUUCAGAGAAAGAGUUAAAGGAAGAGGAAUUGCAUAUGAAGGUUGGGUGCCACAACAACUGAUGUUGGAACACCCUUCAAUUGGUUGCUUCAUAACACACUGUGGAGCUGCUUCUUUAACUGAGGGACUUGUGAAUAAGUGUCAGUUGGUGCUGCUACCAGGACACAGGGGUGGCCAUAUCAUCAAUGCAAGAAUGCUGAGUAGAAAACUGAUGGUUGGAGUGGAAGUGGAGAAAGGUGAAGAAGAUGGUUGUUUCAGCAAAGAAAGUGUAUGUGAAGCAGUGAAAAGUGUGAUGGAUGAUGAGAGUGAAGUUGCAAGAGAAGUGAAACAGAAUCAUGCCAAACUCAGAAACUUCUUACUUAGCGACAAUUUAGAGUCCUCCUGUGUUGAUCUUUUCUGUCAACAACUUCAAAAUUUACUGUAAUUUCUAAGCUUCCACCAUCACUUAGUACAUGAAUAA